AUGGGAGAAACAGUAGUUCCCAUUGACGAUGAUUCUAUCCAAGAGCUCCCCACCUCAAUCAAGGACACCCCCGUCGCUCGACAAGCGGUUCCGGGACUCGAUCUUCGGGAACUCGAAUCGUGGCUGCCGCUUACUGAGUCCCGAAACGGCACCACAUUCUCUGCUACUUUUCAUCUGCUGUGUUCUGGAAUUGGAUUUCAGGCCCUUUUGCUUCCUGCUGCCUUUUUAAGUCUUGGAUGGGCAUGGGGGAUCAUAUGUUUGUCCAUAGCAUAUACAUGGCAACUCUACACCACAUGGCUUCUUGUAAAUCUUCACGAGCCUGUUCCCGGAACCCGCUGCAGCAGAUUCGUCCGCCUCUCAAUCAUUGCCUUUGGUCCGAAGCUCGGGAAGUUGCUGGCGAUCUUCCCGGUAAUGUAUCUAUCGGGAGGCUCUUGUGUCAUGCUUAUCAUCACAGGAGGGAACUCCAUGAAACAAUUCUUCAACAUCAUAUGCGAAGAAGGCACCAUGUGUAGAUCCAAGUCCUUGAGUGGUACACAUUGGUUUCUCAUAUUCACUUGCAUAGCUCUCAUCAUUGGUCAAUUACCCAAUUUAAAUUCAAUAGCCAGAGUCUCUCUAACCGGUGCCAUAACUUCCAUUGGGUACAUUACCACCAUAUGGGCUCUAUCGAUCAGCAAGGGCAGGGCUAAUGGUGUUUCUUACAGCUUACCGGAAGCGGAGAAAACCGGUAUGAAUGGAUUCAGUAACAUCUUGAAUGCCAUUGGCAUCAUCAUGCUUGCAUUCAGGGGCCACAAUCUUAUCCUAGAGAUUCAGGGGACAUUGUCAUCCGACUCACAGCAUUCAUCUGGGAAGUCUAUGUGGAGAAGUGUAAUGGUGUCGUACCUUAUAAUACCAAUGUGUUUGUUUCCACUUGCUAUUGCAGGAUUUUGGGCUUAUGGAAACAAGAUACCUGCAAGUGGAGUGGGGAUUCUAACAGCAUUUUCAGAGUUUCGCAUUCAAGACACUUCGAAGUUCGUGAUCGGCCUAAUCUACGUAUGGCUAACAGUAAGUUGCAUAACCUCGUACCAAAUCUAUGCCAUGCCCGCUUUCGACAAUUUGGAGUUUGUUUACGCCAGAAGUCGAAAAAAUCGAUGUCCGGGGUGGGUUCGGGUAGGUUUACGUCUUUUCUUCGGAGGGCUCACUUUCUUCAUCGCGGUGGCGUUUCCCUUCUUGGGAAGCUUGGCACCUUUGAUUGGGGGAAUGGCAGCUGUGCCUUUAACGUUUGCAUAUCCAUGUUUCAUGUGGAUUUCAAUCAGAAAACCCAGAUCAAAUGGUGCAACGUGGAUUCUAAACUUGGUACUUGGUUGCUUUGCCAUUUUACUCAGCAUUUUGUUAAUAGUUGCUGCUAUAUGGAACUUAGCUUACAAUGGCUUGAAUGCCAAUUUCUUCAGACCUUAAAUGACAUGUAAAAAUCUUCCAAAAAAAUG